UUGAAACCUUUGGCUAAAUAUUGCAAUUUGGCACAUUAUUUGAAUAAAACAACUCAUGUGCCUGUUAAAUCGUCCUUUUAUAAUAACUUGCUGUCGGGUAUUUAUUUUAAAUACGCACUGUUUGUAUGUUAUAUGUGCGCCGAAUUCAUCAGUGUCACAUGAGUUCGCCAUAAUGAGACGAUGCUGCUCCAGGUUGUGUUUCUUUGUGCUGGUCUGAACGGAAGUCUGUUGACACUGCUGACAGAAGAAGAAGAGAAGCGCCUCCGUCCUCGUGGCUGCUGCUGACGAACAGUACUACUUCCUGUCCGCAGGACUAAGGAAGAAGCUUAAUCUAAAUAUAUACUUACUUCCCGAGCAGGGAGCUAACUGCACGUCAUGGUCAGUGUCCGAUAGUUAGGUGCGUUUGUUUCGUCUGUACCUAAAAAGACGAGAGGUUCCCCUGGCGGCCAUGUUGGGGCUUGACACCUCCGCCGCCACGCCUCCAUCUUAAAUCAGCGCCACAUGAAGACUUAAGUAUCGCUUUAUUUUUUCCACGGGUGUUAUUUGUGUCUAUCAGGAGUUUGGUCCUCGUUUCCUCAGCGUGUCAUCAUGGCGGGGUCGAGCUCGGCGCCGGCAGCAGAUCUGCUGAUGGAGCUCAACAAAGAGGAGCUUCCCGCGGAGAGCGUUUCCAAAGAACUGAACGUAACCACGCAGGUGGCGCCGAGCAGCAACGACGGCGCCGACAGUCCUCUUCACGCCAAAGUCCGUGAGGAGGAGGAGGAGGAGGCCACGCCCACGCCGCCAGAUUCGUCCUCGCUAUCGUCAGAAAACGGGACGAUGACCGCCAUCACCACAGAAGAAGAAUCUCUGUCGGUUCUACUCAGACACAACAAGGCUGAAGGAGGACAGGGGCGAGGAGGAGAGACGGAUCUGGACCUGGAGGACCAGCGGGAGUCCACGGACUCUGCGUCCUUCUCCAUCCCCAGCCUGGAGCUCUCAGACGGGGUCACGGCCGCAGGAAACUCCCUGGACGUGGACGACGGCCUGUCCUCCUACUCUGGCUCUGGGGGGGGAAGGCGGUCCCCGUCCACCGAAGCCCCCGGUCUGAAGGCCGAGGAGACGCUGGAGGCCGCUGGGGGCGCUGUGGCAGCUGCCUCCUCCACAGGAGCUGCUGCUGCUGCUGCGGAGGCCGGGCCGUCCAUGCCGGCGUAUUACCUGGUGAAGUGGAUCACCUGGAAGGAGAAGAAGACGCCGAUCAUCACGCAGAGUGAGAACGGGCCCUGCCCGCUGCUCGCCAUCAUGAACACCCUGUUCCUGCGCUGGAAGGCUAAACUUCCUGCUCAGACUGAAGUCAUCACCACCGAGGACCUGAUGGCUCACCUGGGAGAGUGUGUGUUGUCUGUUACACCCAGAGAGAAGGCUGAUGGGAUGGAGCUCAACUUCCAACAGAACAUGAGUGAUGCCAUGGCGGUGCUCCCGAAGCUCUCCACUGGCCUUGACGUUAACGUGCGUUUCACCGGAGUCACAGACUUUGAGUACACACCGGAGUGUAUCGUGUUCGACCUGCUGAACAUCCCGCUGUACCACGGCUGGCUGGUUGACCCACAGAGUCCGGAGACGGUGGCUUCUGUUGGGAAACUGAGUUACAACCAGCUGGUGGAGAAAAUCAUCGACUACAAACACUCUGCAGACAGCAGCCGAGUCAGUGAAGGUCUGGUGGCGGAGCAGUUUCUGGAGUCGACGGCGACGCAGCUGUCGUAUCACGGCCUGUGUGAACUCAACACGAUGGCCAAAGAGGGAGAAAUCUCAGUGUUCUUCAGAAACAACCACUUCAGCACGAUGAUCAAACACAAGGGUCACCUGUACCUGUUGGUGACGGAUCAGGGCUUCCUGCAGGAGGAGGGUUUGGUUUGGGAAUCUCUUCAUAAUGUCGAGGGAGACGGAAACUUCUGUGACUCCGACUUCAGACUGUGUCAUCCUCCUCAGAGAGCGCCGCCCAGCGCCGCCCUGCCGCCCAGCGCCCAGGAGCAGCAGAGACAGAUCGACCAGGACUACCUGGUGGCGGUGUCUCUGCAGCAGCAGCAGGGCGGGGCCCCAGGGCCCCUCAGUGACCUGGAGUUGGCCCGACAGCUCCAACAGGAGGAAUAUCAGCAACAGCAGCAACUGCAGCAGCAACAGGAACAGCAGCAGCAGCAGCAACAGGGAGCCCUGCAGCCAGCACAGCAGGUGAGAGGUCAGGGGUCACAGCAGGGCGGGGCGCGGAGAAGAGAGAAGGAGUCGGACUGCGUCGUCCUAUAGACUCUUCUUCUGCCUAACUCCCUGAGUUGAGGAGGACACACACACACACACACACACACACACACACACACACACACACACACACACACACACACACACACACACACACACACACACACACACACACACCUCGAUGCCAAACCCCCAGUGCUUUGUUGAACAGUUUGUUUCAGACGUGUUUUCCAGGUUUUGGAAGGUUUGUAAUGAUUAGAAGCUUCUGAAGUUUGAUGUUCUAAUAAAAUGUUUAUUGGGUGUAAAUAACGGCUUCAUUAAUGCUCAAUAAAUCUUUAACUAAAGCUUUGAAGAAAACUUUUGCAUCGCCAGGUUGUGAGAAACAUUCGUGUUUAGAGCUCAAAUUAAGAAAAUAAUCUGAAAUGAGUUAAUAAAUUAUCUAAAUAAUA